UUCCCGUCCCCUUCCCCGAUCCCGCCGGCGACUACACCGUUCUCGUCGGAGACUGGUACAAAUCCAAUCACACGACGUUGAAGGCUCAUCUGGACCGUGGUAAGAAGCUUCCAUUUCCGGAUGGCGUGCUCAUCAAUGGCCGUGGCAAUGGCACCUCUUUUAGCGUUGAACAAGGAAAAACUUACCGAUUGAGAAUCUCUAAUGUGGGGCUAGAGCAUUCCCUCAACUUCCGGAUUCAAGGUCACAAGUUGAAGCUUGUAGAGGUGGAGGGAACACACACCCUUCAAACAACUUACUCCUCGCUCGAUGUUCAUGUCGGCCAGUCUUACUCCGUGCUCGUCACGGCAGACCAGCCAGCUCAGGACUACUACGUCGUCGUUUCCACUCGUUUCACUUCUCGGGUCCUCACUGCCACCGGCAUUCUUCGUUAUAGCAACUCUGCUGGCCCUGUCAAAGGCCCCCCUCCCGGUGGUCCUACCAUACAAAUCGACUGGUCCCUCAACCAAGCCCGCUCUAUUAGGACCAAUCUUACAGCCAGUGGACCAAGGCCAAACCCGCAAGGGUCAUAUCACUAUGGUCUCAUAAACACAACUAAAACCAUCAUACUUGCAAGUUCUGCCGGCCAAGUCAACCGGAAACAAAGGUAUGCGGUUAACAGCGUAUCCUUCAUCCCUGCUGACACUCCCCUGAAGCUUGCUGACUUCUUCAACAUCGGAGGGGUUUUUCGCGUUGGAAGCAUCUCUGACAGGCCUACCGGUGGAGGAAUCUACCUCGACACGUCAGUGAUGGGUGCUGACUAUAGAGCGUUCGUUGAAAUUGUUUUCCAAAACAAUGAAAACAUUAUCCAAAGUUGGCAUAUUGAUGGCUACUCUUUCUUUGUGGUCGGCAUGGAUGGGGGCCAAUGGACGCAGUCUAGCAGAAACCAGUACAAUCUCCGGGAUGCAAUUGCUCGUUGCACGACUCAGGUAUACCCUUAUUCAUGGACUGCAAUUUACGUAGCUCUCGAUAACGUAGGGAUGUGGAACGUAAGGUCGGAGUUUUGGGCUAGACAAUAUCUCGGACAACAAUUCUACCUCCGUGUCUAUACGACAUCGACUUCGCUUAGGGACGAGUUCCCCAUUCCAAAAAAUGCUCUUCUGUGUGGCAGGGCAAGUGGUAGACACACCAGACCACUCUAAAUCCAUAGCAUUCCAAAUACUUAGAUAUCUGAGAGGUAGUUAAUGCCUAUCUUAGCUUCGGUAUGUCAUGGAAAAGCAAUGUCUCUUUGCUUUUGUAAUUGUCGUAGACUGGAAUAUCUAUAGUUAGACCGCUCCCACUGAUCGACCGACCCCAGCUCAGGGUCGGAUCACAUUCUUUCGCUAGAUAUCAUUGGAUUUCCUUGCCCAUUUGGCCAUCUCUUCUCUAUAUUGUUAUCUAUCAAUGGUAGUUAAUAUCAAAAUAUUGCUUGAAUCAAGUUUAAGCUUGUGCCGCAUGUAUCUUUUGUCGUGGAUAUUGUCACUCUUUUAAAUGGAGUAUAGUUGAGAUUAAAAA